UCGAGAGACUUCGAGCCCUCUCAUAGUUUCCUUCUGUCCCGUCGCUGCCGACCGAGCUCGCACCUUCCGCCGCCCAGCCCCGCCGGAGCAAUUCCUUGCCGUUGAAGGACAGUUCCCAGCCGGCUUCAAUGAAGAAGGUUGUGCUCAAGCUGGACCUGCACGACGACAAGCACAAGCAGAAGGCGCUCAAGCUCGUCUCCGCUCUCCCCGGCAUCGACCAGAUCGCCGUGGACAUGAAGGACCAGAAGAUGACGGUCAUCGGCACCGUCGACCCCGUCGACCUCAUGGCCAAGCUGCGCAGAAAGCUCUUCCCCACGGCGCAGAUCGUCUCCGUCGGCCCGGCCAAGGAGGAGAAGAAAGACGACAAGAAGGGCGGCGACAAGAAGGACGCUGCCGGCGGAGGGGACAAGAAGGACGCCGGCGGGGACAAGAAGGACGGCGCCGACAAGAAGAAUCAGGUCAUGCCGGUGUACCCGCACCACUGGUACCCGCCUCCACCGCCGCCGCGCUACGUCGUGCACAGCUCCGAGGACGACCCCAACUCCUGCGUCAUCUGCUGAUCGACGCGAGCCUGCCCAGGAGUACAUUUUUGUAGCUGGCCUGCCUGCCUGCCAGACGCACCUGGUGCUGGUUGGUGGUUGCUGUACUCAUCAGGCUUCAGUCAGCCUACCUGCUGAGGUGAUCGACGGCGUGCGCAAUAUAUUGCAGGGGUGAUCGUCCGGUAGCUGCUGUUUGGAUCUUUUUGGGGGAGAUGCAGUACAUGCGUGCAUCUGCCGAUCAGUUUAUAUUGUGCAUAUACAGAAGCUAUAAAUAGAGAAUUUGAGAUUCUACGUUU